AUGGAGCCCCUGGUCGAGGUCCACACGGACGAGGAGAUGACGAUCGCACUCGAGGCCGGCGCUCGCGUGGUCGGGGUGAACAAUCGCAACCUGCACACGUUCGAGAUGGACCUGGAGACUACGGAAAGGGUGGCGCUCGUCGCGGCGGCCAUGGGGGUGCCGUGGCAGAAUCCAACCGAGAGCUGGACGAGGGACAGGAUAGUCUUGUCGGCGCUGAGUGGAAUCACCGGUCCUGAGGACGUAAAGCGUUUCGAGACAAUGGGGGUGUCGAUGGUGCUGGUGGGGGAGACCCUGAUGCGGGCGGAGGAUCCCGCAAAAGCGAUCCGCACACUCCUGGGGGAGGAAGACCCAACGCCGGUGUCGGAGCAACGUCUGGUGAAGGUGUGCGGCGUGACCAACGUGGAGGACGCCUCGACGAUCGCCACCGCCGGCGCCAACCUCAUCGGCGUCAUCUUCGCGGAAGGUUCCCCCCGCAGAGUCACCGAAAAACGCGCCCGCGACAUCGUCAAAACCGUGCAGGCGUUCGGAGAGCGAAAUUCUCCCAAGCACAUUGAGCCGCCCCCGCAGACGGAUUCAAGCGCAGAGUGGUUCCAGGCGUGGUCGAGAAAGCUGGUAGAGGCGAGCCACAGGACACCGCUUGUCGUCGGCGUGUUCCAGAACCAGCCGAUGGAAGAGAUUCGACGAAUAGUCGCAGAGACGGGCCUGGACCUGGUUCAGCUCCACGGGGACGAAGGCAUGGAGGCCUGCGCCGAGUGCGGCGUGCCGGCUCUCCGCGUCGUGCACGUGCCGGCGGCGGCGCCGGGAGAGGAGCGCGUGGAGAGCGUCUUGGUCGGUGGUGAGAGGGCCUCGCCGUCGGCCAAGUCGCGGGCGGAGGAGGUGCUGGCGCAGGCUCCCCCGAACUUCGCGGCCGGGGUGCUGCUGGACACCUCGGUGAAGGGCGUCAAGGGGGGAACCGGCCUCCCGUUCGACCACGAGGUGGCCAAGCUUGUCGGGGAAGCGGGGGUGCCGGUCAUCGUCGCGGGGGGGCUCGACCCGGACAACGUGGAGGUGUGCGUGAUCUUCACGGAGAGCUUCGGGGUGGACGUGUCGAGCGGGGUGGAGGAGGCGAAGGGGGUCAAGAACCCCGGGGAGGUCAAGAGGUUCAUGGAGCAGGCGCGCCUGGCGCACAAGGACUUGACUGCCAAGCUGAAGCAGGAGGAGGAGGAGGAGGAGGAGGAGCAGGGGGAGAGAAUAUGA